CACAGCCAAAGGCAAUAGGCCACGGGUCAAUCUGGAAGUGCGAGGGAGGAUGAGGGGUUAGCGUGCUGGCCAUGUCACGUUCGAGACUCGGCCAGGAGGGCAGUGGCCAAUUUCAUAUUAUUCGCGCGUUGAGCGAGAGGCACGAGACUUCUUCUCCGUCGUCAAAGCGUCGGCGUCGUCGUCGUGUUUCCAAAACAAGGGCCAUUCCACGUGAUUCUCCUCCUACUGCACUAUUACCUGAAAGCGCGUGCUUAGUAGAUGCCCUGAAGUCGACAAAUGCGAGCUUCCUGUUGCUGUCUUUUGCUGGCCUAAUGCAGGACCUGUUCUACAUUUAUUCCCCCGGCCUUCAAGUGCCUAAACCAAUCGAGAAGACAGUCGUGGAUUUCUUUGUGAAUAUGUGCCCAGGGCCUCUUGCCCUCUUCUGCGAGGGCGUACCACGAAACCGGAGCGAACCUUGCAAGAAGCCCAUCGUAAUCAACUUUCCGGACACCAUGAAACUUGGAACAUGUUCGCAGGAAGCUUUUGUAGUUUGUCCAGAGCAGCGGCAACCACAAAGAAAACACUAUGCAAGCUUCAUUGAAAUUCUUGGGUGUGUGCUGGUAAACCUGGGCCAAAGGGAGCUGCAAGCUAUCGUUCCUUACGCUGUUUGUCAGUUGAGCGACCUACUAACGCAUCUCAUUGGGAUGUGGACUAAGAAGUCUCUCCUGGCUGCUGCAAAGGGAACACCAGCAGAGUCUGCAGCAGUACUGUUCGUCAAGCAAAACAGACAGCUGCUGGGCCAGCUGGGAAGUGCAUUUCAGCAGCAACGGCGUCAGCUACAAGAUAUGUGUAAGGAGAUGCAACAGAGUCAGACUCCUCCGACGAAUGGAGUUACGUUGCCUUGCUAAUCGCCUACUACGUGACGUCCCGGUUACCGUCACAUAUGACGGAGCCUGCUGCACGAAUAAAAGUAGCUGCAGACCACCGCUGCGGACACA